AUGGCUCCUCAACUGCACCAACGACCUCCUUUCCGCGCGGAGCACCUGGGUUCGCUCCUGCGUCCACAGAACCUUUUGGAUGUCAAGAUCGCCUCAGAGGCCGGUAAGGUCUCCGAGACCGAGCUUGCCGCCAUCGAGGACAAGGAAAUUACCGAUAUUAUUAAGACCCAGCUGGAGCUUGGCUACCCGGCCGCUUCGGAUGGUGAAUACCGUCGUCACAUGUUCUGGGGUACUUUCUUCCCCGGUCUGGAUGGCUUUGAGGAAGUCACUGAGUUCGAGACCGACAUCUUCCGCACAUACGCCCCCGAUAUCGCUGCAUUCCUGGAGGCUGGCCACAAGCCCGGCGAGACUGUUCUCUGCACAGGCAAGAUCAAGCACGUUGGCAGCACAUACGUCGACCAAUUCAAGUAUCUUGCUAGCCAGGUGCCCGCGGACCAAGUCAAGAACCUGAAGAUCACCCUUGCCGCACCCAACUGGUACCACCUGCGUUACCGUGAGGGUAGCGCAUACCCCAAGGAUGUGUACAGCUCCGAUGAAGAGUACUUCGGAGACAUCGCCAAGGCCUACCAGGCCGAACUUAAGAUUCUGUACGAAGCCGGUUGCCGCAACGUGCAGUACGACGACCCUAACCUGGCUUACUUCUGUUCCGAGAAGUUCCUGAGUGGCUUCAAGGAGGACCCCUUGAACGUUUACACCGCCGAUGACAUGUUCGAGAAGUACAUAAAGCUGUACAACGACUGCUUCAUCGGUCUGCCCGAGGAUAUGCACAUCGGUGUUCACCUGUGCCGCGGUAACUUCGUCGGCAGCCGUCACUUCUCCGAGGGUGGUUACGACCGCAUUGCUAUCAAGCUGUUCCAGGAACUGAACGUCCACACCUACUACCUUGAGUACGACACCGAGCGUGCCGGUGGCUUCGAGCCCCUUAAGCAUCUGCCCACCCACAAGAACGUCAUUCUCGGCGUCGUCACCUCCAAGUUCGCCACCAUGGAAGAUAAGGAGGAGAUGAAGAAGCGCGUUGUCGAUGCUGCCAAGAUCAUCGCUGAGGGUAACAACAUCCCCCUCGAGAAGGCUCUCAACCAGGUUGGUGUCAGCCCACAGUGUGGAUUUGCCUCUCAUCGUGAGGGUAACGCCAUUGACUGGGAUGGCAUGAUCAACAAACUUAAGCUGGUCCGUGAGAUCGCCAAUGACGUCUGGCCCGGUCAGCUGUAA